UGGCAUUUCCAUGACAACACGGCGCUACAACACGAGCACUUGUAUCCUGCUUCACUAAAGGCCUCUGCUCAACCGAGUCAAAGGGCGUUUGAUCAUGUCAGAUGCGAUGAAAGAGAAGGCCGUCCGGCUGCUGAAGAAGCGAGAGAGCAUGUCGUCUCUGGGCAGUCAGGACGUGAGAGCCAGGAGGGAAGAUCUCACUGUCAAGACCAAGGACUCUAUCAGUAGCGUGUCCUAUAUGGACGAAGCCGGUCACCAUGACGAAAACCCUCGACAUGCAGUGCAAAUGGAGAACACAUACCAGCUUGGUCCCACAAAGCAGUUCCCCGUGCACGCUGUGAGGGAGAUCCUGAAGGACGUUCUGAGCAGCUACCUGCAGGAGGAGAAGUAUGAACCCGAGCUGUGCAGACAGAUGACCAAAACCAUAUCAGAGGUGGUGAAGGCGCGAGUGAAGGACCUGAUGAUCCCUCGCUAUAAGAUCAUCGUGAUGAUCAGCAUCGGCCAGCUGGCAGAGCAGAACCUGCGCAUGACGAGCCGCUGCCUCUGGGACGCCGCCACCGACACGUUUUCAUCGUACGCUUUCAAGAACAGCUCGCUCUUUGCCGUCGCCAAUGUCUAUGCCGUAUACUUUGAAUGAUACAGUUGAGUGUAUGAGAACUACAUCAGAGUGGAACCAUGGGUUCUAGCUUUAAAGAGUUCUUCAGGAUUAAGACUUAGUAAGUCAGGUUUGAAAGCUGAUUAUGGAGGAAUAGAACAUUUUCACUGGAAUCUAACCAUGUCAUGAUGACAUAGAUUGGAUGGAUGGAUGGAUGGAUGAAAACUCUUCUUUCAAAGACUUUUUUCCCCAUUGCUCUAGAUUUAUUACUUCAUUUACAUUUAUAAGUACAUUGCAGUUACUGUUGGAUGGGAUGGACACACUGAUGGAUCGGUAUAUGGAGGAGUAGAUGGGUGAAAGGAUAUAUGGAUGUAUGGAUAUGCAGAUGGAUGGAUGGAUGGAUGGAUGGUGUAAUCAGUAGAUAGAUAAACAUACAUGGUUGGAUGGAUAGAUGGGUGAAUGGAUAAAUAUAUGGAUAGGUUAAUGAUAGAUGGUUGGCUGGAUGGAUAGAUAUAUAUGUAUAUGUGAAUGGAUGGAUGGAUGGAUUAAUGGUUAAAUGAAUAGAUAUGGGGAUGGACAGGAAUGGUGGAUGAUGGAUGGAUAUAUGGUUAAAUUAAUGGAUAUAUGGAUAGACAGAAAGAUGGAUGGAUGGAUAUAUUGAUAGACAUGUGUAAAUGGAUGGCUGGAUGGACAGAAAGAUGGAUGGAUGGAUGGAUAUAUUGAUGGAUAUGUGUAAAUGUAAAUAGUGAAUUGUAAAUAAACUGUUCACUGGAGCAGAGCUCUAUAAGGUUCUAAACAUGAUACAUUAUUAAUAAUACAUUAUUACUAGUGUCACAAUCCACCAUUACAGUUCAGUCAGUAUUCAUGAUAUAAGAUCAGAGACACGUUUAAAUGUAUCAAAUUUAUUUAUCACACAUCUCACAUCAUCAUCACCUUCAUCAUCAUCAUCAUCAUCAUCAUCAUCAUCUUCAUCUUCAGCAUCUUGAACAUCAGGAUAGUCAGCAGCAGCACAUAUUGUUUUUUCAGUCUAUAUAUCACGCAGCGUUAUCAUUCAUUACACGCUCCUUACAGACAUUACUGCCUUGUUUGCAUUGAACGUAUAUGCAAUUACGUUUAUGAAUAAACAUUUUGUCAUUGUUUAAA